CCGGGGCAACCGGGCGGCUCCACACGCGCUGAGCCUGCCGGCCCCCACGCGCGGCCCAUGUCCUCCGCGCCGCGCUCGCCCACCCCGCGGCCCCGCAGGAUGAAGAAGGACGAGUCGUUCCUGGGCAAGCUGGGCGGCACCCUGGCCAGGAAGCGGAGGGCGCGCGAGGUGAGUGACCUGCAGGAAGAAGGGAAGAAUGCCAUCAACUCGCCGAUGUCCCCUGCCCUGGCGGAUGUUCACCCUGAAGACACCCAGCUCGAGGAGAACGAGGAGCGCACGAUGAUUGACCCCACCUCCAAGGACGACCCCAAGUUCAAGGAACUGGUCAAGGUCCUCCUCAACUGGAUUAACGAUGUGCUGGUGGAGGAGAGGAUCAUUGUCAAGCAGCUGGAAGAAGACCUGUACGAUGGCCAAGUGCUGCAGAAGCUCUUGGAAAAACUGGCAGGAUGCAAGCUGAAUGUGGCUGAGGUGACACAGUCAGAAAUAGGGCAGAAACAGAAGCUGCAGACGGUGCUGGAAGCAGUACAUGACCUGCUGCGACCCCGUGGCUGGGCGCUCCGGUGGAGUGUGGACUCGAUUCACGGGAAGAACCUGGUGGCCAUCCUCCACCUGCUAGUUUCCCUGGCCAUGCACUUCAGGGCCCCCAUCCGCCUUCCUGAGCAUGUGACCGUGCAGGUGGUGGUGGUUCGGAAGCGGGAAGGCCUGCUGCAUUCCAGCCACAUCUCGGAGGAGCUGACCACAACCACAGAGAUGAUGAUGGGCCGGUUCGAGCGGGACGCCUUCGACACGCUCUUCGACCACGCCCCGGACAAGCUCAGCGUGGUGAAGAAGUCUCUCAUCACUUUUGUGAACAAGCACCUGAACAAGCUGAACCUGGAGGUGACGGAACUGGAGACCCAGUUUGCAGAUGGCGUAUACCUGGUUCUGCUCAUGGGCCUUCUGGAAGACUACUUUGUUCCUCUCCACAACUUCUACCUGACUCCGGAAAGCUUCGAUCAGAAGGUCCAUAAUGUGUCCUUCGCCUUUGAGCUGAUGCUGGACGGAGGCCUCAAGAAACCCAAGGCUCGCCCUGAAGACGUGGUGAACUUGGACCUGAAAUCCACACUGAGGGUUCUUUACAACCUGUUCACCAAGUACAAGAAUGUGGAGUGACGGGGGAGCUGCGGACGGUGGCAGGAGUGCUCCGGCAGGAAAAGCAGCGUCUGUCUGUGCCCUGUGCCUUUCCAGGGAGGCAGACGCCUUGGGCUUCUGGUCCCAGCUGUGUGACUGUCAUCCCCACCGCACCCUUACCCCCCUCUACCCUUACUCCACCCCCCCACCCCCCCACUCCACCCCACCCCCUGCCUCUCUUGGCCGUUGUUCUCAAUCCCCUUUCCAUGUAAUUCCCAAUGGGCGAGAGCCUUUGAAAAUGCAGGAUUCUAAACACCGGCGCUUGCGUUUGAGGCCUCGAGUCACCUCAGUUGCGUGGGAUGCUGAGUCCGUUGUUGUCUGCCCUGGCCAAAAGAUGAAAAAAAAAGAGCCCGAACCCCUGUCCCCUGCUGAUUGAGAGCACCCUGCAUUCUGCCUGCUGGUGCAAUGAGUGAUCACAGGCCCUCAGAAGCUGCGGCAUCAGCUCUGCAGAAACGCCUGCUCCCUGAGGACCUGCGCUUGAUGGCUCACCGGGCAUCUCCUGGGCUGGGCUCUCCUUGGAAGAGAGGCCUUUUUAAUAAAAGGGUUUUGCAGUUUGAAAAACUUUAAAGUGACAGAAGCUUAGAUGUGACACGAGUGUUCUCCACCCACAUUCCUGUCACUUCUUGGCCACUCCUUGUUGUUUUAAUGUAGCUUUUGCACAAACAUCCAAGACCCAGGACAGCCCAGCUGCCACAGUCCUUGGAAGGAGCUGUUUGCUGGGGCCGUUUCUGAAUUUCUCACUGUGGUUGAGGGGCUGGGUCUGGGGAUGGUGGUUCUAAUUGUGCUGCUGGAGACAGCGUGGGCCCGAGCUUUCCCCUUCAGAGGCCCUUUUAGGGACGGAAUGCCUCUUCGGAAACCUUAAAAUGAGGGUGUGCAUUGGUUCACUGGCCUUGUGUAAUCAAGUGCCACAGGUGAGUCUUGCAGAUGUCAGAGAGUCAUGUCCUCAGGCCUCUCACCUUUGCUUCUAGAUGCCGGCUUCUCCCCGUGUCUUCAUGUGGUC